UAUAUUUGGAAGAAUCAUUUGCUUAAACCACUCCACUUUUAGCAUGGCGAAGAUACUUCUGGGAAUCUGCUGCCUUAUGGCAAUGAUAAUGAAAUCAAAAUCAACAGCAGAGUUUGACCAGGUCGAUAUCCAAACAAAGGAAGAGCUGGACGGAAGAUUUACCAAGUACGCUGGAAAAACUAUCUUUGUUGCGUAUUAUGAUGCUGAUUAUCCAUGUACUGAUGAGUUAAAAGAUAGAAGAUGUCUUGCAUACUUCAAAACAUCAGUGACGAAAUCUGCACCCACAAUUGCUGAAACAGAUGGUCAUGAAAACCUUGUGCUUCUUUGGGUUGAUGUCAAAAAAAUCCACUUAGACACUGCUAAACAUUUCAAUGAAGUGUGUGCAAAAGCGGGAGUACCACAACUCCCAGUACUAUACGUGGAAUGGGAAGGGAGGUUGAGAGCUGUAUACAGACAAGAUCCCUCUGUAUCGUUCUAUGGAAAAGAUGACUGUGCAUCUCCUGGUAAAACUGAUAAGAAAGGAUCUGAAGGUGAAGGUGGACAAGCUGAAGGUGGUAAAGCUGAAGGUGGACAAGCUGAAGGUGGUAAAGCUGAAGGUGGACAAGCUGAAGGUGUUCUGCUUAGUCAAGCAAUGAUUCUAUAUUCUAUGGUCUGUCGCCCUGUCGCUGUCGGCUGUCCUCGUCCUGUCGAGUGUGACUGUCCGACUCUGUCGUCCGUCAGUUCGUUGGGUAUUGGGUAA